CUGUGUAUGGAUACAACGGUGUUUAUGUAGAUCAUAAGGUCCGAGUUCAUAUGUAGCCUACAGUAGUUUAACGCUAACGGGGGACGCACCACAUAACGUUUUAUCUACCAUUCCCUGGUGGGUUUUUUUCACAGUGAGUUUUCAUUCAGCAAUAAUGUUAUCGAAGCAUGCCAAGCCCAACUUGAGCCAGUCUCAGGUGGUUGAGAUAGUGAAGAGGGUCUUCAGGCUGACGCCUUCAGAAAUCCGCUUUCUGCCGAGCUACGAUGACCAGAAUGUCUAUGUGGCGGAUAUCAAGGGUGGCGAGUACGUCCUGAAGAUAUUGAACUCAGAAGACAGUAAGAACUCUGCCCUGAUUGAGAUGCAGAACUAUGCAAUGACCGUCCUGCACCAGCAUGGACUCCCUGCCCAAAAAGCCCUGCCCACUGCCUCUGGACAGCUUAUGAGCCUGGAAGAAGUAGAUUGUGGCUAUGGCUGUCAGAAGUACCUGGUGCGGCUGCUGACCUAUUUGCCUGGAAUCCCUAUUUCCAAGGUUCCUUUAACACCACAGUUACUCUAUGAAACCGGCAAGACUGCAGCCAGAAUGGACAAAAUCCUACAAGAGGUGGAGCACCCUCAUCUCGGGGUGCUGCAGAGAGAGAACUUCAUAUGGAGUCUGUCAAAUGUUCCCCUCCUAGAAGGAUACAUCAAUUUAUUUGAUGGAGAUCCUCUUGAGGAGGCUGUGAAGUCUGUCAUUCAUCAGUACAAAACCUCUGUGGUCCCUAAUCGCUCCAAUUUCCGCAAGUGUAUUAACCAUGGUGACUUCAAUGACCUCAAUGUGCUUGUACAACCUGACGAGAGUGAUGGCCACAGGAUUUCCGGCAUCCUUGACUUUGGGGACAUGAACAGUGGCUACUACAUCCAUGAGCUAGCCAUCGCUAUUAUGUACAUGAUGACGGAGCACCCUAAACCCAUAGAGGUGGGUGGACCUGUCCUUGCGGGCUGGGAAAGUGUCCUUCCCCUCAACGAGGCAGAGAAAGAUUGUCUCUAUGUGCUGGUGCUGUCCCGCUUCUGCCAGUCGUUGGUUUUAGCUCGUCACUCUGUGAUCUUGCAUCCUGAAAAUGCAGAGUAUCUGAUGAUUACAUCUAGGAAGGGCGUCCACAUUCUCCAUCAAAUCUGGGAGCUUGGAAAGGAGCAGGUGGAGAAGGUGUGGUUUCAGAGUGCAGCUCAAUUCAGUGACAGGAAAUGAGAAAUAUGUAAGUUAAGCCAUUCACAAAUUUUGACGCACAACAGUUGGUGAAUAAAACAGACAGAUUUUGUUUUCACAGCAAAAGAACAACACAUUUCACUCUUGAGAUUCAGACAUUUUGGUGUUGAAGUACAGUCGUGUGUCUGCAUAAGAGAUGGGUAAGCUAGCAAAAAACUUUGUGCAAGAGGACAUAUUGGUACUCUAUAGUUACUAUGAAUCAUUCAUUAUAAAAGCAAAAAAGUAAUCAAAAUAACUAACAGAGAAGGAGUACAAAGUGAGUAACUCCUUAUGAAGAGUUAUUUCUGGCAACCAUAACUGACCAGUCUGUAAGGGAUUUAUGGAAUGGACCACCGGAGGAAAAUAGAGGAGGGUCAUGUCUUUUUAUUCUUUGUUGAGGGGAGGGUCAUCCAACAUUUUUUAGUCCAGAGGUGGGGGUCACCCAACUUUUGUAUUGAUAGAAACAGCUAAAUUUCAAAGUGGCUUGUUUGGUGCAUAUUUAUCAAUGUAGCUCUUAGUCUCGGCCCUCCUUCGCUACCAGAUGGGUCUGACCCAUAGGUUUGCUGUGGGGCAGAGUAAGCCCUGACUGCAGUACGCAGAUCGAGGAGUGGCUCAACGUGGGUGGAGCUAAACGUUUGACUAAACGUUUGACUACGCCCACUUGCCCAAUAGCAACCGAAGAGGAAGAAUGUGUGUCGGAAAAACACAGGACUUUCACCUCUUAAUACAUCCAUGCUUUCACCCCAGAGACCGGGUCUCGUUUCCCGUGAGUCACGUUUGCUUUCCCCGUUCUUUUUUUCCUUAACCCAACCGUCCGUUGUUGUCUCGCAUCCCCCAGAGACCGGGGCUCCCGCAAGUCGCGUCCCCCAGAGACCAGGGCUCAUUUCCCGUGAGUCACAUUUGCUUUCCCUGUUGCUUUUCCCUUAUUUUCCUAAUACCAACUGGUUCUUCUUUUCCUAAACCAAACCCCAUUUUUCCUUUCCAUUUUU